AUUGAACUCAAUAUACAACGAACUGAAAUCGAUUCGGGGGUAAACUCUAACGAUGAAAUUUCAGAAUUGUCACCGUCUGAUGAAACGACGGAAAUGGAAGAGUAUAUCGAUCAGUGUCACCGUAAUGCAACAAUUUUUGAGGCCGGGCUUUCUGAAUUCCCUGCUUCGCCUUCGACGUCAGCUGCUUUAACUGAACUCGAACGAGAGUUGGAGGUGGGGGAAUAUUAAAUCGGGAUUGUCACCGAACGGACAAUCUCGAUAAAAAGAUUCCUUCAAUGGACAGCGCUCGGAAUCCUUCGAAAACCAGGAUAUUUCAUCGAAUGAAGAAAAUGUAUGCGUCUAUUGGGCCAAAGCAACUACGUAUUACUUCAUUCUUCCCUAUUGAAGAUAAAUUACGAAGACUUGUUCGAGAAAAUGAGCAAGUAAGAAAUACGCUGAGAACUUUUAUGGAACAUAAAUCUGUGAGUACAGUAAAUUUAAAAAUAACUCAGUGUGCCGCAGAUUCAAGCUCGUCACAAUCGAACUUUUUAUUAAGUUUGUUCCGUAGUGCAAAUAACAAAUGCAGUGAGGCAAAAAAAGUAGGGAAUAGAUAUAACGAGGCUUUUAAACUGUUUAGUACGUACCUCUUUACAAUAGGUGGAAGAAUGCUGUAUGAAACUUUAUAUGCGAAUUUGCCAAUUCCUUCCUUAAGUACAAUAAGUCGUGUAAUUGGUAACUCUGGCUGUGAUAUUAAGGAAGGUGUAUGUCGGGCCAAAGAAUUGAAAGAAUUUCUAGUCGGACGAAAUUUACCUCUCAUUGUAUGGGUGAGUGAAGAUGCAACACGAAUCACCGGUCGAAUACAGUACGAUACUCGUUCGAACCAACUAGUUGGUUUUGUAUUACCGUUGAACCAAAAAGGAAUGCCCGUGUGUGGUACAUACCCGGCUACGUCAGCUUCUAAAAUUGUCGAAAAUUUUGAAAAGGGCACUAUUGCUAGUUUAGCGUAUGUGAUAAUUGCUCAGCCUCUGAUUGAAAAUGCUCCAUCAUUUUGCUUGUCCAUAUUCGGUACCGAUAAUAAAUUUUACGCGACUGACGUUUUGAACCGGUGGAAAUAUAUUAUUUCAUGCUUGAAAAAAGAAGGAAUAACUGUUUUCGGAAUUUCUUCUGAUGGAGAUCCACGCUUAUUGAAAGCAAUGCGUGUUCAAUCUCAGCUGGGUACGAAUUCGACCGUUGACACUGGAAGUUUUUCAAUGCGGUUUCCGUACUUCCAUGCGAGUUGCGAACCAGAAGUAAUUUUCAUUCAAGACACAAUACAUAUUGGUGCAAAACUGCGAACCCGGCUCUUAAAGCCAUCAAUUAUUCUUCCCAUGGGGAAUUUUAUUAUUACAGCAAGCCACCUCAAAAUUCUCAUGGACACGGUAUCAAAAGACAAACACUGCUUAAAUCAAAAGGAUUUAUCGCCAAAAGAUAAAAUGAAUUAUGCCUCGGUCGAAAAAAUAAGUGACCCUAAAAUUAUUGAUCUUUUAAAACACAAUGUUCCCGGAAGUGAAGCGACGACGGUUUAUUUACAAAUAAUGCAUCUUUUUAUGAGUGCUUUCCUUAAAAAGGAUAUGAAACCCCUAGACCGUGUAUAUAAUUGCUGGUUCUCGAUUUUUGUACUCCGAAUGUGGAGAGCAUGGUUGAAUACUGUACCACAGUAUUCAGUUUCCGAUAAUUUCCUAUCGCUUAAUACGUACUUGUGCAUGGAAAUGAAUGCCCAUGGCUUGGUCAAUUCUAUUAUGAAAUUGAAAAAAAUCACUUCAUCACCACAAACCCCUUCAGAAAUGUUUUUGCCAUGGCAAUUCAGUAGCCAACCAUGCGAGAGUUUUUUUCGUCUCCUAAGAUCCAUGAGCACAACCUACUCAACAAUAGUAAAUAGUACACUUCUAGAGACCAUUUAUAGAGUUAAAAGAAUUCAGCUUCAAGACGAUAUUGCGUCAGGAAAUUUGCAUGAUGAAAGCGCUCAAUUCAAUUAUCCACGUGCAAAAGUAACAGGUCGAUCAACACUAGAGCAGUCCUCACUUCCAGAAGUAAACGAUAUUUUUGAAAUUAUCGAACAGGCCAAAAAAGACGCUCUGACAAAAGUUCAAUCGUUAGGGAUAAACAUGGGCACACUAGAAUGCGACACGGUCUCUAUGCGAUGUAACGAAACAGGCUAUGAAAAAAAAGACAGUGAAGAGGAAAUUGAAUAUAUUGAGGAGUCGAAUAUUGAGGUUCCAUCGGUAGAAAACGAUGUCAACGGUGAUCGAGAACCUCAGCUUGAAUUAUUGCAAGAUUUGUCCAUCCUUUCCAAUGCUCAAGGCAGUUUACUGUUAAAAAAUUACGAGCAAUACGAAAUAAAACUCCAGCCUGACAGUCCUUUCGUCGUUGUGAAAGAUAAUCAUAAUAAAGAGUUAGUUGUAAGGAAAUCGUCGAUAUGCUGGCUUCUUCAAAAAAAUUCAUCGAAUUUAAGCAGUGAUCGAUUGCAGCGCGUAAGAGAGUCUGAAUUAAACACAUUUGUAAAAAGAGGUCAGUAUAAACGGGACGACAAAUGUUUUAUAAAAAAAAAUGACGAAAUUCAUAUCGGUGACUGGUGCUUAUUUAAAAAAAAAAAGGUUGGAAAAGGUUCACCAAAAUGUUUCAUGGGUUUAGUUCUUAAUUUCGCGUAUACUGACGGUACAACGAAAAAAAGUCAAGAGUAUUCGAGUCAUUACGCGCGCGUGAAAGAAAAUACCAAAGAAAUUGGUGUCUUGUGCAAUUGGUACGAGAUCGUACCAAAGUCACCCGAUUUAGUACCGGUACCAAUGGAUGUACACGGAUUCAUUAGUAUUAAGCAAUACUGUUCAACAAUUUCAUCGCCUAGUAUGUCCGAAAGAGGGCUCCAUAUUGACAUGGCUUUAUAUAAAAAAAUUAAACAUUUUUUUUAG